UCUACCGCAUGUGCUUUUUCAGCUGAAUGUGGAACCGUGCUCGUCGCGGUCAGUCAUUAUUGGAUUGAUUCCCCGUAUUGUGAUGGCUCUCGGUAGUGAAGUGAAUGAUAGCUCCUCAAAAAACUGCUCACAAAAAGUGAAAAAAUGCCCAGCUAAUAGUAAUGUGAACGAACAAGGUAAUACCGAAAAUGUCGGCAAAGUUGAGAAACAAAAUAAACAAGCAUCAAAAAUGAGAAAAGAGGUUGCCAUCAAAGUAUCUUGCAGCAACGGUCACGCGAACACACCUAACGGUCGAGCAGAUGACGAAGGUGGUGGUGGGACCGUUACCACGCCACCACGCGUCUCUUACGCGGCUGCUGCUAGGAAACCCCCUUCACCUCAGGCGGGAAGCACGCCGGCGCCUUUUCCCUUAAAUACAGAAUCACAAAAAGUUAAAAUUAAUGAUAAGUCAUCACAAACAAAGUCUGUCAAUGCAGCAUCAAAAAUUAACGGAGAUGGAUGUGACAGUAGCAAAAAACACAAAUUAGGCACCAAAGAAUGUAUAGUCAAUGGCACUGAGACCAUAAGUGAGAAUAUUGUCAAUGGCGAUAUAAAAAAUAAAUUGGAUUGUGAUAUUAGAAGUAGUAAUAAGACAGAUUUAACUAACGGAAUUAACAGUGAUUCAGAUGAUACAAAAUCUAGUAAGUCUGACGAGGGCCAUGAUAUAAUUUUACCAAGUAAUGAUAAUGUUAAAGUUUUAGAAUCUAAAUCGGUUUCUGACAAAAAGAAAGAUAAGAAAAUCAAAACGACGUCUAACAGCGAUUCUAAUAAGAAAAAAGAGAAAAUUAAAACAGUUGAAAUUAAUGAUGAACUGGAAAAAGAAAAGAUAAUGGACAAUGUAUCGGAAAAAGUAAACGGCGAGAAUUGUAAAAUUGUAAAUGGUGACAAGGAUAGAGAGUCUACACCUAGCGAGGAUGAUGAUGAGAAAAAACGUGACGCCGAAGUGGUGUUUAUUCAAGACAUGGGUUUUACUGUAAAAAUUGUGAGCCCCGGUGCUGAACCAUUAGAUAUUCAGGUAUCCAGCAUGGAAUUGGUACAAGAAAUACACCAAGUUCUCAUGGAUCGCGAGGACACAUGUCACAGAACGUGCUUUUCUUUACAACUGGAUGGCGUGACUCUGGACAACUUUGCUGAAUUAAAGAAUAUUGAAGGACUAAAAGAAGGCUCGGUGAUCAAAGUGGUAGAAGAACCAUAUACUAUGCGUGAAGCCAGAAUUCAUGUCCGUCAUGUUAGAGAUCUCUUAAAGUCAAUCGAUUAUACUGAUGCAUAUGCUGGACAAGAAUGUAGUUCUCUUGCAUUCCUGAACAUUAUUACACAGGGGGACAUACUAGAAAAAAAGAAAUCACGGCCUGAAAGUGUAGAUUGCACUCCUCCCGACUAUAUUAUGCCAGGCAGUACUGAGCGUCCAUUGCUGCCCUUGCAUCCUGGUCUUACUAAAGAAAACAAAGCCCCUCAAUGUCUCAAGGUAUUAACGACGUCAGGCUGGAACCCGCCACCGGGGCCGCGGAAGAUGUGCGGAGACCUGUUAUAUCUCCACGUUAUCACUCUCGAAGAUCGACACUUUCACAUCACGGCAUGUCCGCGGGGAUUCUAUCUCAACCAGUCCACAGAAGAAGUGUUCAACCCUCGUCCGUCCUAUUCGGCCCUGUUGUGUCACUCAUUGAUUGAGCUGCUCAGUAUAGUAUCAUCGGCGUUCAAGCGCAACUUCGCAUUGGUACAGAAACGACGUAUGCAGAAACAUCCAUUCGAAAGGGUCGCUACCCCAUACCAGGUGUACCAGUGGGCCUCGCCUGUAUUAGAUCACACGGUUGAUGCUAUUCGUGCCGAGGACACCUUUUCCUCAAAACUGGGAUAUGAAGAACACAUUCCUGGCCAGACCCGAGACUGGAACGAGGAGUUACAAACCACUCGUGAGCUACCACGAGCCACACUCCCGGAAAGGCUACUACGCGAGCGCGCUAUUUUCAAAGUGCACAGCGACUUCGUAGCAGCAGCAACUCGUGGUGCCAUGGCCGUAGUGGACGGCAAUGUAAUGGCAAUUAAUCCUGGCGAGGAGCCCAAAAUGCAGAUGUUUAUAUGGAACAAUAUCUUUUUCUCGCUUGGUUUCGACGUCCGCGAUCAUUAUAAGGACCUCGGAGGUGAUGCUGCAGCUUUCGUUGCACCGCGUAAUGACCUGCAAGGCGUCCGAGUGUACAGCGCUGUAGACACGCCAGGCUUACACACGCUAGGUACCGUCGUGGUGGACUACCGCGGCUACCGCGUCACUGCGCAGUCCAUCAUCCCCGGCAUUCUCGAGAAGGAACAGGAACAGAGUGUGGUCUACGGCAGUAUUGAUUUUGGGACUACAGUUUUGUCGCAUCCCAAAUAUAUGGAAUUGCUGAGCAAGGCUGGACAGCAAUUAAAGAUAAUGCCUCACUCGGUGAUUAGCGCUAAUGGCGACACUGUGGAGCUGUGUUCCAGUGUAGAGUGCAAGGGCAUCAUCGGCAACGAUGGAAGACAUUAUAUCCUUGAUCUGCUGCGCACGUUCCCACCAGAUGUCAAUUUUCUUCAAUUGGAAGAUGACGAAUUAAGAGAGGAUAUUAAAUCAAUGGGUUUCCCAAUAAUCCACAAACAUAAACUCUGUUGUCUACGUCAGGAACUAGUGGAUAAUUUUGUUGAGUCCCGUUACUUUAUGUUCGUUCGAUAUGCUGCAUUUCACCUGCAACAACUUAGUACUAAGAAUCAGAAGGAGAUUACUGCUGCUGAGGACAAGGCUAUUGAAUCCAACAAGAAUAAUUCUAAUGUGAUUGCCAUUGAACCUGAAGUCAAGGUAUGUAAGAGAGAUACUAAGAGCCAAGAAAAAGAGGUUAAAGAUAAAAAACAAAAGAAAGAAGAAAAGAAAGAAAGUGCCAAAAAGGAAGCAAAAAAGAAGACAGAGACUGAGAAAGAAGAGUUAAAGGAAGAAAAAACCAAAGAUGAAGACCUACUAUUUAAUGAUAAUUACUCUCAAAUCGAUACAGACGUUGCCAAAAAAAUUGUAGAGAGCAUCACAGACUCCAUAUGUAGUGGAGAUAAGCAAGAUAGUGACUCCGGUGAGCGAACUCGCGCCGUGGUGUCGGCAGCGGCGCGUGCGGUCGCCUCCCUGAAGGAAUCGGAGUUCGACGUGCGGUUCAAUCCCGACGUGUACUCAGCCGGCAUCAAACACGCCGCUGCGCCCGAGCAUCUCGCCAAGCAGCGCCACCUAGUCAAGGAGGCUGCGGCAUUCCUUCUCACCACACAGAUACCUGCCUUUGUGCGCGAGUGCGUGGAGCAGGCGUCGACGCCGAUGGACGGCGCGGGGCUGGCGGAGGCGCUGCACGCGCGCGGCAUCAACCUGCGGUACCUGGGCCGCGUGGCCGCCGCGCUGCAGCCGCACCCCUCGCUCGGGUACCUGCACGCCAUCGCCGUCGGAGAGCUGCUGCUGCGCGCCGCCAAGCACGUCUACACCGUCUACCUACAGGGCUGCGAGGCGCUGUGCGUGGGCGCGGCCGUGGCGCACUUCCUGAACUGCCUGGUGGGCGCGUGCGCGGCGGCGGGCGCGGGCGCGGCGGACGUGCCGGCGGCGGCGCGGGCGGCGGGCGGGGGGCGCGGGGCGCGGGCCCGGCGCGCGCGCCGCCACCACGCCGCCGCCGCGCCCGCCGCCGCCGCGCCGCCCGCCGCCGCCCGCGCCGCACCCGACUGGCGGAACCUCACGCACAAGUCUCUCUUCUCGCAGAUCCGCCAGGAACUCAAGGCAUACUGGGGUUAUGAACUGAAUGCUGAAAAUAUGGAUGCUGUUAUAGAAAAACAUGGCCUUCAGAAAAUAUCACUUCUCAGGUCCUUCGCACUUAAAGUGGGUUUGCAGAUAAUGUUGCGAGAGUAUGAUUUCGACAAUAAAAACAAACCUACAUUUAAUGGAUCUGAUGUUAUGAAUAUUUUCCCUGUUGUUAAACAUAUCAAUCCCAGGGCUUCAGACGCGUACAACUUCUACACCACCGGUCAGAACAAAAUACAAGCAGGCGCGGUGAACGAAGGUCACGAAAUGAUCGCGGAAGCUCUCAAUUUGCUGAACAAUGUGUAUGGGGCCAUGCACGGCGAGAUUGCUCGCUGUCUGAGAAUGGUUGCCCGCCUGUGCUACGUCACCGGCGAACACCGCGAGGCAAUGGCCUACCAGCAGAAGGCAGUCCUCAUGUCCGAAAGGGUCAACGGCAUCGACCACCCUUAUACAAUCACUGAAUAUUCCCAUCUUGCGCUGUACUGCUUCGUAAAUGGCCAAGUGAGCACAGCGUUGAAACUGUUAUAUCGCGCACGUUACUUGGCAUUACUUGUCUGCGGUGAAAAUCACCCUGAGAUGGCGUUGCUCGAUAGCAACAUCGCGCUGAUCCUGCACGCGGUGGGCGAGUACGAGCUGUCGCUGCGGUUCGCGGAGCGCGCGCUGGCCGUGACGGCGCGGGCGCACGGCGCGCGCUCGCUGAAGGCCGCCACCUCGCGACACCUGCUCGCGCGCACGCUCUCCUGCCUCGGGGACUUCCGCGCCGCGCUCGCCCACGAGAAGGAGACCUACUCCAUCUACAAGCAGCUGUUGGGUGAGAGCCACGAGAAGACUCGCGAGUCGUCGGAGUGCCUGCGGCACCUGACGCAGCAGGCGGUGGUGCUCCAGAAGCGGCUGGCGGAGGCGUACGCCCGCUCCCCGCACGCCGCGCCCGCGCACGCGCCGCUGCACAUACAGCCGCCCGGGAUGGCCUCCGUCAUCGAUAUGCUCAACCUCAUCAACGGCAUCCUCUUCGUGCAGAUCAGUCGCCACGACAUCGAGCAGUUCAAGGCAGAAAUAGAAAAAAGACAGCUAAAAGAUUUACCACUACCGGACGUUCUGAACGAGCUGAGCGUGAAGGGCGUGGUCGAGAGCGCGGCCGAGGAGGACGAGGCGGCUGAAGAGGCGCCGCCGCAAACGGAGAGUUGAAACGUCGGCGAGCAGCUCGGGACUCGUUCGUCUCUGGACUAUGUUUAGUGAUAGCAAGCGAGUCGGCUCGUCCGCCGAGCGACGGAGCGAUCGCAGCGAACGUACGGUCCACUAGUAUUGGACGCGUACAUUGUUACUUCAUAGUUAUUGAUUGAUGAUAUUGUUCCUUAUAUUAUGAAUGUAUGCAGUAGUGGAUAGUGUGCUAAGGUUUGAUGUAGAUUUUUUGUUAGUUAAAUUUUGAGAAUAUUAUUAUUUUCAUCAAAUAAUUAAAUGUUUAAAUUUUAAUGAAUUCUCGCUGUGCAAUAGAUUUUAUUUAUGCAUGUGCAUAUAUUACUAUAUUUCGCUCAAAUCACGCAGAUAUAAGUUUAAUUUUAUGCUCCCGUAUGAAAUUCACAAUUGUAUGGUAAUUCAAAGUAGUGCAAUUUCAAAGUAGUGAUAAUAGCAAUAAGUUUUGGUUGUGAACCUGUGGGCGCGCGUGUCGCUAUGUUAAUGGUACUGGUGCUACUGCCAACUUGUCCUACGUAUAAUGAUUUUAUGAUUGUUAGCUUCGAGUAUUAUCUUUUUUUAGCGUGGGAGUAUAUUUGUUGAAAUAUCCAUAGACGUAGAUAUUCAGUUAUAUUGUAAUUGAAAUGUAACAGGGUUUCGGAAAUCCUCAGCUAGUAACUAACAUAUAAUCAAAUAACUUAUCUAUAUGCACGCCAGAUCCGUCAGUCGGUAGGCAGGUGAUUCAACAAUAUAUGCACAUAAGAUUUAAUUGAACAAUUUUAAUACUUACAGUCAGUUAAUUACAAACACUGCCCUUAUUUUAGUUUCAGAUUUUAGUAUUUAGUGCCAUAUAAUGUAGUGAAUGUAAGUUCUUUGUGUAAUAUUUUUGUUAGUCUGUGAUAUACAAUGUUUUAUCAAUUUAUCAUCGAGCUACUUGCCUUGUAUGUGCGGUAGAUAGACCUUUGUAAUGGUAAACUAUGAAAACGCUUUAAAAAAUCUAUUAUUCUAGUAACUAAGAUUCUGACUUAAAUUAUUAUCAGAAAGUUCUAAUCAUCGAUCACCUUUCUAAAAUUUGUUUAAAACAUCUUAUAUAAAAUCCAUUUGUUAAUCAUUGAUAAUAUUAAUAUUUAUACAUCAAAUGCAUGUGUGAUGGUAUGCUUACUUUUUAACAGUACUAGUCAGCUAUCUAUAUACAAAUAUUCUUGUUAAGUUCUUCGAAAAAAAACUGUAUUUUCUUCUUUCACAUUUUUCAUAUUUUCUUGGACUUUUCGUAAUUAUUUCAUAUCAGUAGAUAAAUGUACUGCCUUGGCUGGAUUAAAUCGGAAUGUGCCUUAAUUACAUUGUGUUGUGUUUAUAUACAUAUGAACUUUGUUAUGAAGUUAAUUUAUUAUUAUUCAAUAUAACGGAAGUAAGCAUCGCCAUUCGCAAAUUGACUUACUCGUCAUUGCUCUGUUAAUUAUUUCAUUAUUUGUUAUUCUCAGUUCAGUAUGUUCGUCAUAUUUUUUGCAUAGCAUUCUAAAUACUAUUUUAUUAAAUUGCUUAUAUUUCUUAGUUUACUAGUUUCUUAGCUUUUCGUCUACAUUGCCUUUUGUUUUUGUUUUGGGGCGGAUCUAAGCAUUUAAAUAGUGUUAUUACGUUCUUAUUUGACGUCUUAGUUUAGCAUUUUUAUUUUUUUCUACAAAUUAUAAUGUAUUGUCCAUAUUCAGUAUAUAACCUUUAUUUACAUUUUUAAAUGCAUUUAAAAUCUUAGUUUAGCAAUAUAUACUCAACGAUAAUUCUUAAAGGCGUUCGAUUUUACUCGACUAAUGGAGGUUAUUAUAUUGUCAAAUAUUGUAUACAGUAUAUAAUUAUUUGUAUUUUUGAAUCAUAACUACAUAAUAAACUAUUCCUGACUUAAAGUAAUGGAAGAUUCUGUUACGUAUCGCAAACAAAAUGUUUUAUUAUUAUUUGAAAAUAUUAGCUCAUUAGUUAAUUAAUUUAAACAUAAUAAUUAAUAAUUUACUUAUUACAUUUAUUGUAAUUUUAAUAUUACCAACUUUUAGUUGUUUGAUAUUUAGAUUUAAUAGUUGUUAUAAUAAAAACAUAGCUUGAUCACAAGCUUUGAUCCAAUAUUUGAAAAUAUAACUAUCCCAAGUCAAUAACUUCAUAAAAUAACCAUCACACACUUUCUAGAUAAUAUUAUAUAUAUAUAUUUUUUUUUUCAAUUACUGUAAUGACGGCAAAUAUUUUAAAUUCAUUAACAAAUACAAAUUUGGAUGUAUCUUACAAUUAUAAUGUUAGUAACUCAACAGUCACAGUGUUUUUUCCUUUCUGCUAACUAGAAAAAAUUACAUUUUAAAAGUACUUACUCAAGUUAUAUAAGGAAUCACAAGGUAUCUUAUGUAUUUGAUCGAAUGAACAGAAAUAAAUGAGUCAAGAAUGAAUGGUGUAAAUGUUAUACUUUAUAGGAUUUACAAUUAAUGACGAACCAAUAAAAAAAUUAGGAUGAGAUUACAAUGAAUAAUGUAGAAUGAACGAGGCAAUGACGCAGUAAACUACUAAAGGUCUAUUAUGACGUGCAAAUUAACAAGUUACAAGUUAUUACGAUUGUAUCUGUAUCAUACUGGUUUUUAUGUAUUGAUUACCUAGGCCGCUUUAUAUAUAGAUAUAACUAUUAUUGUCAUAGAAAAACUCCACGUACCAACCAUACAUGUUAGAUCGCAAUUUAUUGUUAGUUACAUCAUAUUGUAAAAAUCAGAAUGGCUAUUAUUUAGCUUUACUCGUUACCUGUCACGAUUUUAAAAAUCUAAGUAUAAAGUCAAGCGUGAUUUACCAACACAGUGUUUCAGUCUCCAAUAGCGAUAUCGAGAGUUGUACGAUGAAGUAUGUGCCUAAGCAAACAAUAAUCAUGUUAUCAUGUUGUUGUUGUUGUUGUUACAUUUCUUUAACAAUAUGACGACCAUGUAAAUACGGCGCUGUUCGUAGUAUACUAAUAAAAAUCGUUUUUAA